AUGAGUGAAUCACAACAGAAGAAAGAUUAAGAUAAUAAGGAUGCUGGAGGGAAUUAAGAUCCUAAUAAAGCUUAAGGUGAAGGAGAUUAGAAUUAAAACAAUCAACAGCAAGAACCAGAACCUUUACAAUUAGGCGGCCAAGCAAAAAAGAAGGAUCAGAUUAUUUCUUUUUAUGAUCCUCCCAUCGCUUUGCCAGACACUAAAUAUUCAGCUGAUGAGAAGAAAAAUCAAGAAUUAGUUAGAAGAUGGAAAGUUCAUAUAUUCCAGAUUGAGAUUUAAAACAUUUCAGGAACCAUUUUAGAUCCAUUUAUACAGUUUAUCAUAGGUGGAGAUUACUUUGUUGAAAUUAAAAAAGCCUCUAAUGGCAAAAUAUUGAACAAUUACCAUGGAGAUUAUGGGAUUAUAUACUAAACAGAUGUUCUUAAAUUUUUGGAACCAAAUGACACUAGAUUUUUCUAAGUCGAGAUCGACACUGAGUUUCGUGCCUCAUACUUCCAGCUUAUGCAAUAAAGACUUCAUAUUGAACUCUGGGACAAUGAGACAGGAUGGAUUAACAAAUUUCUAGGAUAUACAUCGAUACCUUUUAUCGAAUUAGCCACUGGACAAUUCAAGUAAUCAGUUACCAUUAAAGAGUAAGUUUAAGAAGGUAAAAGUUAUAAGAAUAUGGCAACAAUCAAUUUCAACAUUUUCUUUGAAGAGAUAUGGGAUUUUUACUUGAUUUUUCUAGACUGGAAAUCAACUAAUCUUGAAAAAGAGGAAGAUAAAAAUCUAAAUCUUAAUCCAUAGCUUGAAUUAAGGCUACUUUCAGAUAAAGCAAUUUAAUCAACAACAUUUUCAUCUAUAAUGAGGAAUUAAAAGCUACCUCAUUGGGCGACUUUUGAGGAUGGGAUAAAAUUCAGGGGUACUUACAAUGAGCUUAGGCAGUAAAAAUUAUCAAUGCGAAUCUGGAAUCAUUAAUUACUAGGAAAAACAUUGAUAGGAUUGAAGACUAUUGUGCUUAAGUAAUUUAUUGAUUCAAAUUUGAUCAAGACAGAAAUGGUUAUUCACAAGAUAAAAAAUAAAACCGAAGAAAACAUCAGAUAAAAAGCUUAAACAUGCAAUCUUCAAGGUACAAUCAGAAUAGGAUCAAAGCCUAAAUAUUAAUAGUAUGGAGAGAUGGAAAUGAUUGCUAAGCGAGAGCAAUAUCUAGUUAUAUUCAUAAAUAAGCUAAAUGUUUUUGAUGCUAUUGAAGAUGGAGGAGAGGCAUCUGUUUUUGCAACCAUAGAAUGGGCAGGUACAAUGAAGAAAACUAGAAUGGUGAAGAGAGCGAACCUCAAUGAAAUAAUAUUUUUCAAUAUCGCUAUCGAAGAGUCAAUUAGAAAUGACCCUGUAAAGCUAACUGAUUUUUUAAACGAUGAACUUGAAACUAAAAGUGAAGUUGUCAUUAAUGUUUGGGCAGACACAGGCAAAAUAAAUCUGGAAAAUCUUGGAAGCACAAAAAUAUGUCUUUCUGUACUUCAUUCUUAAAAAUUUGAAGAUAAGUAAUUUACUGAUGAGCAUACCAAACAAAAAAUUAGUUUUUAAUGUAGAGUUUACACAGCAAAUCUCAAACUAUAAUCUGCAUUUUUUGAUUCUGCAAAUGCGAAUGUUGGAUUAAGCAUGUGGUUUUAACCUGAGGUACCUUAUCCAGGAGUCGACUUGAGUAAAUUGAGAUUAAAAGAUGAGGACUAGCUUCCUCCUGACCUAGAACAAGGUCUAAGAUAGCAAAAAUAUUAAGUGAGAUUUAAGCAGAUUAUAUAAAAGAAUUUUCCAUUCGAUUACUAUCUAAAUGAUAGGUGCUUUGAUAAUCUCAGCUUUUAUGAUUAGUACAAAUCUAAACAUCUAGUUACAAUGUUUCUUUCUAAAAUGACCCCUCCAGACUCAACUUACAUAGAAUUUAAUGCCAACGAAUAAGGUGAACUAAUUAGAGGGAUUAGAACAUUAGGGGAAGUAGCGCAUUUCGUAAGAUGCAUUCCAUUCAAAAACCAUGAAGUGUAAAACAUAUGGUCAUCACCAGAUUUUUUGCUAACUAUGAAAGUAGGGUCUAUUGAUGAGCACUCGCUAUUAAUGGCAAGUAUGUUUAGAGCAGUAAAGUAUGAAACUAUCGAUGAAAUUGAAGAAAAAUUUUAAAAUAAGAAAUAAACUGCAAUUAUCAAAGCUAAACAAUCUAUUCUGAAUGAUAACUUUACUCCAAAAAAUAAGAAAGAAAUCUUGUAGGAGCAAGAUCAAGCUGAUGAUCUUGAUUAGUAAAAAACUUCUGCAACUAAGCAAAAGGCAAUUGAUAAAGAUGCUCCCAUAGAUUCUAAACUCUUAUAAUAAGCAGCUGUAUAAUCAGCAAUGAAUGAUGGGAAGAAGAAAAAGAAAAAGAAAGGACAGAAUUAUCAAGAGGAAGAUUAAAGUGGAAUCAAUGAUAGAGUUUUUGUCUGUCUCGGAAAGCUUAAAGAAACAGGUGGUUCACAUUCCUGGGUAAUGACUUUAAAUAAAACCUAUGAUGAAAUUACCUUCUGGGAUGUUAGUUAAUCUAAAAAGUUCAUACUUCACGGAAGAGUAAUAGAAGGAGAAGAAUUAAAACUUCAAGCUUAUUUAAGCCCAAAUUUAAAUGACAACGAAAAGAAACUGAUAGAAAAAUUAAGGUAACAGUAAAGAGAAGAAAGCGAGUAUAAUUUAACUGAGCUAAAUAAAACUCUCUAGGAUAAUGAAAAGGCUGGUAAUAGUAAAAUUUUAUCAGAUGAUGAAAACGGAAUGAAUUUUGUUGAUAGUAAUGAAAGUAAAGAAGUAACGGAUGAUGAAAAAGAAUCUGAUUCAGAUUUUAUGGAUAAUUAACUUGUCUACUUUGAGGAUUUAGAUUAAAGAUACAAAGGAGGAGAUAUUAAUUUAGUUGGAAAAAUCAAGGCUUUAUCAAAAGAGAAAUAAGAUUAACUGAAACAGCUUGAUUACUUCUCAGAUGAUGAUGAAGACAAGAUUGUUACUAAAAAACCAAUUAGCAAGUUUAUAGAAAAGCAGCAAAAAGAAAGGGUAGAAAGAGAGAAGAAAAGAGUAGAUAAGCAUAUUUGGCCUGUUGAAAGCUUCUAUGAUAAGAAAACAGGCAAGAAUGCUGAUUUUGUAUUUCUUCCCUACUCUCAAAUAGACUUGAUUUUUAAUCAUAAAAACGUCUGGGCAAAUCUGUAAAAUCCAGGUCCAGCUUAAAUCUACUAUCAUUUGCAUAACGAAAGUUAGUGGUUACCAUUAGUGACGGAUUUAAGUAUAUCUCACCCAUUGAUAGUUCAAGAAGAAUAAGAAAUGAAAAAGAUAAUAGAGGAGGAGUAAAAACAGUAGCCAGCAAAUUAGUAGGAGGAUGAAUAAGUAAAAAAAGAUGAGGAGAAAAAAGAUAGAAAAAAGAAAAAAGGGAAAACUGAGACAAUCCUAGACUAUAAGAUAAAAGGAGCCUAUAUGAAACCUUUCCUAUCAUUUUAUGAUCCUAAAGCACUGGAGCAGCCAUAUAGUCACAUUUAAAUUGAAAAAUUUGAGAAACUAGUAUUAAAAGAUGUUGAGACUUCUUUAAAAUAAGUUAGAUCGAGUAAAAAUCUCUCUACAAAGAUAAGGAAAAAUUAGCUUAUCAACAAAGUACUUAAGAUGUAGCUCGAUUUUAUUGAAGAUCAAGAAUGUGAGAGACUCUCAAAAGAUCAAAUUAACUAGACUAAAGAUAAAAUAAUAAAGGAAUUGAUUAAACUUAUUCCAGAAGGAUAUAAAAUUAUGCUUUUGCCAUCUUUUUUCAACUACACAGACUCAGAAAGAAUCAAAACAGUCCUAACUGAUUAGGCUAAAGAUUUCUUAAUGAAAACUCCUAAAAAAGUGAUGUUUUCAGUUGGUGCAAAAAUAUUUGCAUUUCACAAUUAAAUUACAUCAGUCAGAAUCAUAAUAGCUAAGAUGUUUAUGAUGGAUGAAAAUGAAGCUAAAAGAAAGGGAGCUAUUAUGCCAGCUGCAUCAAAAGAGUUGAACAGCUAAAUUCAUAGUCCAAAAAAUCCCCUGUAAUAGAAUCAAGCAGCAUCUUAAUUUUCCAAAUAGUAAACAAAGAAAUAAGACAAAUAAUCGCCCAGAGACAAGUUACCAGAAAAGAAUCCAAAUAACAAAAUAAUGAAAAACAGAAUUUGA